UAAGCUUAUGACGUUGGACUUAAGUGUCAGGGGAGAUAAAUCAGGAUGCAAAGAUCCUCUUGUCUGCUGUGGAAAAGGCUACUGGACUACUUACAGGGACAGCAUUCAGCUCCGUGAGUUAUUAACUCGUGAGAGCCUGAAAGCAAAACACAGCAGCUACCCCGGGACGGCCAAGAUGGCUGACACCACUCCUCUGGGCCCUCCAGCACCGAGCCAGGGUCCUAUUACCCCACGCAAAGGUCCCCCCAAGUUCAAACAGAGACAGACCCGGCAGUUCAAGAGCAAGCCUCCUAAGAAAGGCGUGAAAGGGUUUGGAGAUGACAUCCCAGGCAUGGAGGGGCUAGGAACAGACAUCACAGUGAUCUGUCCCUGGGAAGCAUUCAGCCACCUGGAACUGCAUGAACUCGCUCAGUUUGGGAUUAUAUGAAGAGUCCAGAGGCUCAGCUUCUCUCAAGAGCAUCUUCUAUGGAUGUUUUUUACAUCUUGAGAUCCAGUAUUUGGAAUGAAUUUCUUAGACAUAUAUGGUCAUUACCCAUGA